UGCGGACACCGACACCACUCAGCUGUUGCCUCUGAGAGUUCAGUUUCUACUGAGAGCUGUUCGACAGCGCGCGUGUGUUUAUUAUUGCGCAUUGAUAAUGUUCAAGUCAGCAAGAAAAGGCUGAAAUAAAAAUCAUACAAAACGACCAUCAAAAAACUACAAACACACACACACACACGUACACUCGCUCACAGACAAACAGAAGUAAUAAAUACAACGGAAAAUCAAUAAGCAGCCGCUUUUUGGGCCGCUAACAGCUGCUUGUUGGAUUCAUCAAGUUUAAGAAGGUUGGAGGCGGCGAUAGAAACAGAGACGGCUACAGGAUGGUAUUCGAGGCCGUUGUGGCCGAUGUGCUCAACAAGGUGCUGGGUGACUACAUUGAGAAUUUGGAUCAUAAACAAUUGAAAAUCGGCAUCUGGGGAGGCGAUGUGGUUCUAACAAACCUAAAAAUACGGGAAAAUGCGCUCGAUGAUUUGGAUUUACCCGUCCAACUGAUCUAUGGCUAUUUGGGAAAACUUGUGCUUAAAAUACCCUGGAAAAAUCUGUAUAGCCAGCCCGUUAUUGUUGAUAUUGAGAAUCUCUAUGCGCUAGUCUCGCCCAACAAUAAUGUGAGAUACAAUGCCGAAAAGGAGGCCAAGUAUGAGCUUGCGGCUAAAAAAGCCGCACUGGACGCCUUGGAAGCGGCACGCAAAAAGGAGCUGGAAAAGGAUCAGCCAAUGGCCGAUGCCGGUUUCACAGAGAAACUGACCGCACAAAUUGUCAACAAUUUGCAGAUAAAAAUCAGCAAUGUUCAUUUGCGCUAUGAGGAUACCACAACAACAGGCAGUCCCUUCUCCUUUGGCAUAACACUCCACGAACUGGAGCUCUAUACAACAGAUCGAAACUGGGACAAAUGCUACAUGACGGAGCGUGCGCCGCAGGUUUUUAAAAUAGCGAAUCUCUCCUGCCUGUCAGCGUACAUGAAUUGCCAUGGAAAUCUCUAUAGCGCAAAGGACAAGGACACGUUGUCCGAGCUGUUUCAAAGUCAUAUUGCAAGCAAGACAUUUAAACCUGCCAACUAUUGUUAUGUUUUGGGUCCACUUUCUUGCAAUGCAAAGCUGAAGCUUAAUAUGAAUCCCGAGCUGGAUGUGCCGGCUUAUGUGAAUCCAAAGAUUGACUUGAGCAUGGAAAUGGAGAGACUCAAUGUUGGCCUAACCAACACACAGUUCCACAACAUUAUGCAACUGGGCGACUCAAUGAAUCGCAUGCAACUUGGUGUGCCCUAUCGCCAAUAUCGACCUUAUGACAUACCUUACAAGGGUCACUACAAAGAAUGGUGGCAAUUUGCAAUUACCUCUGUGCUGGAGCAUGAUGUGCGACGAUCCAGACGCACUUGGAGCUGGAAAUAUAUGAAAGAACAUCGCGAUCGAUGCAACACUUAUGCUGAGAAAUAUAAAGCACGCGAAUUGAAUAAAAAGCCACCUGCAAUGUUAUUAGAAGCUUGCAAUUUGCUGGAAGAAGAAUUGGAUGUGUUUAAUCUGCUGUUAAUUCGGCAACGUGUCAACAUCGAGAUUGCCAAGGUUAGGGAAGCUGCGCCACCGGAGAACAAAGGCUGGUUCGGCGGCUGGUGGGGCGGUGGUGCCUCCAAGAAAGAGCAAAGCGAUGCGACUGAAAAUAUUGCUAGUAAAUUUGAGGCUGCAAUGACGGCUGAAGAGAAGGCCAAGAUGUUUAAGGCAAUUGGCUACGAGGAGAACGUAAAGCCUCAUGAUGUUCCCAUAGAGUAUGUGGCAAUGCACAUGAGCUUUAAACUAAUUGCGCUUGACGUGGGACUGUAUCAGGAAACGAAUGCAGAUAAACAAGACUCCAACUAUGACUACCAUCAAAUGCCGAGCAUAAUGUUGCUGCAGUUUAAGAUGGCCACAGCCUCGAUAACCCAACGUCCGGCGGCAGAAGCAAUUAGUGUGACCGCUGGCAUGAAGGAGCUCAAGUUGAUGGGUCUGACGCGGGAGAACUACACGCCAACGUUGAUCAAAUCGAUAAUAACCGAUGAAUUCAAUUUGUUGGACAUUUUCUUUGAAACGAAUCCCAUGGACGGUCAAUGCAAUCAACGUGUCAAAGUCGUUGCACGUCCACUGCAAAUAUUCUAUGAUGCCGAGACAAUAUUGAGCGUUGUGGAUGUCUUUAAGCCACCCAACGAUGUGAAUCUAUCGAAAUUCGAGGAAUCAGCUGCCACACAACUAGUUGGCAUCAAGGAGCGAUCGGCGACAGGAAUGCAAUAUAUUAUUGAUCAGAAAUCUGUGCUGGAUGCGGAUAUAUUGUUGAUGCCAAAUGUUCUUGUGGUGCCACAUGGCGGACGCUAUCUGGAGGGAGAAAAGUCGCUAAUUGUUGUCAGCUUGGGUCAGGUGCACGUUACAACAGCUCCACAUCAUCGCACCACGGAUACAGUGCAAUCGUUAUACAAUCAAGGAAGUGAGCGGACGGAAAUCAUGCAAAAUGUUAUGGACAAUGCCUACGAUAGAUUUAUUGUGAAGUUAAAUGAUAUACAAGUGCUGGCGGCUCGUCCACAUGAGGAUUGGCAACAUGUUCUGAGCUUGGCCGUCUCCACGGACUUGCAUGUGUUGCAGCCCACAUCAUUGAAGGUCGUUGCAGCUCUGUGCGUUAUCGACAAUGAUCCACGUUUGCCAAAGAUUAAAGUGGACAUUGAAUUGCCCCCCGUGUUGCUGAGCAUCUCCGAGGAUCGUAUAUUUGAAGCUAUUGGUGUUGUCACCAGCAUACCGCUUCCCAAAAACGAACAAACAAUUGUGCAGCCCAUUUUAACGCGCUCCCGUAGUUCCAUAUCAAAUUUCAUCAAUCGCGAAAUCAAAAAACGCAGCACUUUGACUGUACCGAAGACUGUGGAAGCCAUGGAACUCGUGCAGUACACAAAUCUUGAGGUCAACUUCUCGCUUAAAGAAAUCUCCCUUAAUCUGUAUAAGUCAAACCAGGUCAGUGAAGUGGCUUCUGAUGCGGCGACACCGUUCAUUACCCCUGAGGCAGAGGUAUCCAAUUUCAGUGUUGCCACAGUGGCCGAGAUUGACAGCGAUGUGAUGAUACGUCGCCAAUCACAAAGUGCCCAACACAUUCUUUCGAUGCAGGUGCUCCUACUAGAUGCAUGUGUGGCCCAGCGUACCUAUGAGACGGUGGCGACAUUAAAAUUGGGCGGCAUCAAUAUCAAACAGUUUGACGGACAGAAUGAGGAUGAGCAUUUUCUGGAUAUUAUAGACACCCCUCGCUUUGCCAAGGAUCUGAAAUGUUUGUUCACAGUUUCCUAUACGUUGGCUGAUAAACUUUCACCAGAAUUUAGCACAAAAUACAAUUCCACCGAGCAGCUUGUAGUGGCCAACUUUGAGGUGUUGGACAUUGUGCUGCAUCAGGAGUGUCUGAUGCGUUUGUUGGAGCUGGUCAACAGUUUUCAGAAGCGUCUCGAAAUUGCGAUGGCACCUUUGUCAGGCGCAGAACCAAAGGAUCGCUAUGCCGAGGCUGGUGAAGGGGAUGGCAUCAAACACAAGUUGCACGUCAUCAUGGAGGAUACAGAAACGAUAUUUACCACCGCUCAAAUGGCUAUACGACGUCCUCCAGAAUCUAGACGUGCAAAUCGUGUGGAGAGCAUUAAGAUGCGUCUGGUGGCCAAUCUCGAUGAGGUUAGCCUCAAGCUUAUCUCAAAUAGUCGCCCCUUGGCCAUGAUGCAUGUGAAACAGUUUGUGUCUAAUGUUACACUAAAGAAUUCCUACACGGAGGUUAAUCUUGGCCUCAAGGAUAUUUUGGUAGAGGAUCUAAAUCCCCAUACAAUACAUCACAAUAUCUUGAGCAUAGUAGGUCAAGAUGCUUUCAAUUGCCAGGUGGUGCUCUUUAAUAAGGAAUAUACUGAGGAUUAUAACUCGGAUGAUAUGAAAAUCACUGUUGACAUUGGCUGCAUGAAAAUUAUAUUCCUCAAUUGGUUUAUCGCUGGCGUUUUAAAUUUCCUGAAUAACUUCCAAGCGGCACAAAAGGCACUGACAGAUGCCAGCGCUGCAGCCGCUGAAACCGCUCGACAAAAUGCAUUGGAUGCCUAUGAAAAGGCGACGAGAAUGAAGCUCAAUGUGCGCAUUAAGGCGCCAAUUAUUAUCAUUCCAGUGAACUCGAAUAGCAAGAAUGCCUUGGCACUUGAUUUGGGCUUGCUGGAGUUGACCAACAAUACAAGUGAGAUGCCUGUGCCCGGAAUUGGGGAGAAAGCGGUUAUUGACGAGAUCAAACUGCAGCUCAAUGAUGUCAAGUUGACCAAGGUGACCAUUCUGGAUGCCGCCGACACAAUUGAAGAUGAAGUGGAUGCUGCCUUUGGCAUCAAGUCCUCGUUGAAUAUGAUGAAUCCCAUGAGUUUUACGUUGGGUGUGACACGCAAUUUGUCAAGCACAUGGUACAAGGAUGUGCCAGAGCUCAAUCUAUCGGGCCACUUGAAAUCUGUAGAGCUUACUCUAUUCAUGGAUGACUACGCCUUAGUCAUGUCUAUAUUAAAUCGUAAUCUGAGCGAAGGCAAUGCCGAGUUUCCGCCGGAAGAUACUCAAGUGCAGGAUAAUAAACCACGUGCAUUGCCGCAGUCUGAAAUACGUCGCGCACGAUCAACCACAGCGUCGACCAUCGCCAAACCGGCUGAAAAGGUUUACGAGAAGCUCAAGUUUAACUUUCAAUUUGAUGGUGUUAUUAUCAAUCUCAUGGAGGGCGAUGACAGAGGUCUGGCCUGCUUUGGCAUUUAUUUUCUGUCUGUGAAGGGCACACAACUCAACAACAAUACGCUAAGCACCUCGAUUGUCCUGUGCAACAUUCAAUUGGACGACACGCGUGUCAAUACCAAGGGCAAGAUACGUCAGUAUUUAAGCUGCAAGAAUUGGAAUAAGACCGACAAGAGUGAACUCAUUGAUAUGUGCGCCAAAGAACCCACCUAUAUGGUCGACAUAACAGCGAUUAUCAAAGAGAAUGAUACUUUUGCUGAGGUGCGUGUGCGCAGUUUUGACUUAAUUGUGUGCAUUGAUUUUCUGCUCAAGCUGACAACUUUCCUCUCCCUGCCCUCCGAGGAGAGGGACUCAACCACAGCGGCGGCGCCAAAGUCGGCACCAGUGGUUGACUCAGUUGCACGAGAAAGUACACGUGUCACAACAACAAGUAUAUCACAACAAGGCCCUAAGAAAACAAUGCAUCUAAUUCUGCACAUUGAUCAGCCGGAUGUGAUUCUGGUGGAAAGUCUGGAUGAUCUAAAUACCAACGCAAUUGUCUUUAAUGCACAAGCUCAUCUGAAUUAUCGUUCUAUUAACGAUAAGCAAAUCAUCAAUGGCCAAAUUGAUGCCCUAAAGAUAUACAUGUGCUCCUUUUUGCCAGAGCGUCGGGAAUCGACGCGACAUUAUAUUCUACAUCCAUGUGUGAUCAGUCUACAGGGCUCCACGCCCGAGGAGGAAGGCAUGCACAUUAGCCUGAAGCUUAGUGAUAUUAUCAUCAAUGUAUCUCCGGCUACAAUUGAGCUGCUAAACAAAGCAAUGAUGAGCAUUACCAUGGGCACAGCCGAUAAAGCGGCAAUUGAGAAGGCAUCAGCGGACUACUCCAAGAUCUGGUAUUCCAAACCAUUUAACUCACAAACUUAUUGGUUCACCAAAGUGGAAAGUGGAACUGAUGCGAUGAUUCUUGACUGCGAAGACAUACCUAUGGGCAGGCAUAAGACAGAGAAAUGUGUUAUUGAGGUUCCCAGCAUCACAGUUGUCAUUGAAUCCGGCAUGGGUUACUACACAAAGCCCCUGAUCUCGCUGGACACUCGCAUGACGGCGGUCUUCAAUAACUGGAGUCGCAAUCUGACCGCCCAUGGUUCUCUCACGCUCAACAUGAACUACUAUAAUCAAAUUCUGGCCGAAUGGGAGCCCAUCAUAGAACUAAACGAGGUUGUCGGACGUAACGGCGUCAGCGAAUAUAUUCCUUGGGAACUGCAAUUUGAUCUGGCAAUUGAGAAGACUCCAACCGAGUUUGAUGAUGAAAAUGACAAUCAAUCGACCAACAUUCGCAUACAUUCUAAGGAAAAUCUUGAGAUCACCUUGAGCAAGACGUGUUUGGGUCUGUUGGGCGAACUGGGAGAGGCCUUCUCCCAGGCCUUUGAUGAGAAGGGUUUGGCCAAGCCGGAUGUUAUUGCUCCCUAUGUUGUGGAGAACGAUACGGGCCUUGACAUCACACUGAAUCUGCGUAGUGGCAUUUUCACGCUACACGAAGUGCAUCGUGGGGGAACGUCGAUUAACAACGCGAUAGUUUUGCACUCUGGCGAAGAGGAGCAAUUGGUGAAUCCGCAGGAUAUACAAGUCUGCACCGUUUCGGCGGGCGGACGGGUCUAUUUGCAAACCAAGGAUCUGAGCACCAUCCCCGACGAAAUGUCCGAAGAUUACAAUCUCUAUGUGACGGUCAGCGGAGUUCCUGUGGAAGUUGUGCUGCCCGUGUCCAAGGCCGACACACGUUACUUCCCACUCCAUGGGCACACGAUGAAAGACCAAUGGGCCAUUGUAUCUGAGGUCACCCUCGAAUAUGGAACUACCAAAAUCAACAUUCAUGGCGUUGUUAGCAUACGUAAUCAUUUCACGACACCCAUCAGCGUUUUUCGUCGCAAGUCCAACAUGAGCUUUACACUUGUGGGACAGGCGGAUUCCGGUCAAACGAUGCAUGUGCCCUUGCAUGCGGUCUAUGCAGAGUCCAAGGAAUUAUUCUUUUCGCUUAACGGCUACAAAACUUCAGUGCAGGGUAUCUGCUGGAACAUCAAUCCCUCGGAUAACAAUUAUUCGCAUCAAUUGCAAUGCGAUCCCGUUGAUACCUAUGAGGCAUUGUACAUUAAUGCCACACGUCAGAGUCGGGAUAUAUACUUUGAGAACACGGACAAGUAUCGUUUGAUGAGCGUCGUCUAUAUGAUUCAUCUACGUCCUCCGCUUUAUCUGCGCAAUUCAUUACCUAUUGAUAUUAAGGUAUCUGUACUUGGUUGUUCCGUACGUAAAGGCGCUCAGGAUAUCAGUCAGGCAUCGUUGGUGGGCAAUAGUCUAGAAGAUCAGAAAUAUCAGAGAGAAGAUUUCCUCGACUAUGGCGAGAAGGAGGUUAAUCCUGGUCAUGUGCUUCACUUACCGACUGUGCGCAUGUUCCAAAAAGGCAAGGAAUCAAAGAGUGUGCUCGUUGUGCGCUUAAUCGAUUAUCUGGAGAAGGAUUGGUCCUAUGCCACUGAAAUAUCGGAUAGUGCUACUGAUAUAUCCAUUUGGAAAUUCUCCUCAUAUGAUUCAGACGUUAAAAUGGAAAUGGAUCUCAAUGUGCAGGCCACCAAUCGUCAUGGCAGCAUUAUGUUGACAAUAUACAGUCCAUUCUGGAUGAUCAAUAAAACGGGUCAGAUGCUCACCUACAAAACGGAGAUAUCAUCCGUUGAGGUGCUUUAUCAUCCGCCGGAAUAUUCUGGUCCCAUCUUGUUUACCGCUCGUGACAAGUUGUUCGACAAAAAGAAGGCAUCGAUUCGAAUCGAUAAUGGAGAGUGGAGCGAAAAGAUUCCCUUGGAUGUGGCAGGUUCCACUGGCGGCGUCACUUGCAGUGCCAACGAUCAGAAUUAUCAGAUUGGCGUGCACAAUCAUUUGACCCAGAAUUCGCUGACCAAACAGAUCACUUUUAUACCAUUUUAUAUAAUGCGUAACAAAUGUCGCUAUUCGAUCGAAUUGCAGGAGCUUAAGCGUCCUGGUGAUCCUUGGACUGUGCUGGAACCCAAUCAAGUGGAGCCGCUCUGGCCGAAAACUGAUUCCAAUCAUAAAUUGAUUGUACGCGUGGAUAACAAGAUUACGCCAGCAUUUGAUUACACAGAGGUGACCUGCACCUUGUUGAAGCUUGAGGACAGUCCUCAUGGUGGCGUCAAUGUGGAUGUGCAGACCACGGAGGGUGGCGUCUAUAUAACCUUCACCGAGUAUCAGCCGAGCUUGGCACCUGGCCUUCUUAUUAAUCACACCGGCAAGGACAUUGCCUACUAUGAGAAGAACACCAGCGUGAAGCACAUAUUGAAGCCCAAGCAGAGAACAUUGUAUGCCUGGAUCGAUCCUACAGGUCCCAAGAUUUUAAUCUUUGGCAAGGACAAUCAGGAAACUGAUCUGAGAAAGGAUCAAAUCGAUAACGUUGUUUUGGAGGAUGGCAGCCAGGCCUAUUGGGUAUCCUUCCUGGAUGGCAUGCAACGUGUGCUGCUCUUCACAGAGAUUCAGGAGAUUGCCCAGCGCACGGAGACCACAGCAGCAUUGCAGAGUAUCACACAGAGCAUUGAUAUGCAUAUUCAUGGCAUCGGUUUGUCUGUGAUUAACAACGAGACGGGACUGGAUAUACUUUAUCUGGGCAUCACGAGCUCGGGCAUUGUCUGGGAGUCGAGAAAGCCGAAUAAAAAACGUUUCAAAGAAAUGACCAUACACGAUACCGAGCUCAUGGAGGCGGAAUAUCAACGCUAUAUUGUGCACAAAUCGGUCAACGAUGUGCAGACCUAUAAAUUGGAUAACAAAUUUCCGAUUAACUUUGACAAAAUGACGCUGACGAAACAAUGCGAUCGUCGGAUUAAGCGCAGCUUUUAUCCCGCCAUUUGGAUGUCAAUGAAAUCAUCACCGUUCCAGAAGCAACUGCAUGUGAAAAUCAAUCACGUGCAGAUGGACAAUCAAUUUAUUGAUCCCAUAUUCCCAGUAGUAUUGGCACCCAUUGCGCCGCCCAAGAGUGUCGCAAGCAGCACAACAAUGAAGCCAUUUAUUGAAUGCAGCGUGGUUGAGAGAAUUAUUCCCAAUUCUCAGGUCAAGCAGUUCAAGUAUGCCACCAUUCUUAUACAGGAGUUCCACUUUAAGGUGGACAUACUCUUUUUAACUGCCAUCGCUGAACUGUUUGCCACCGAGGUGACCGAUGAUCAGGCUGCAAAACUCUUCCGCAAUGAUGUGGAGUCCAUUGAGCAACCCCUGACAGCCCAUUUCGAGCAGAAUACGGCACAGGAGCAGAAGAACUUUUAUGAUAAUUUGCAUUUGGGACCACUGAAGAUACAUGUUAGCUUCUCCAUGGCGGGCUCGGACACGACAGCGCUGCCUGGCUUCCUUGGUCCAUUGGUGCAGGGUGUAGGAGUCACCUUAACCGAUGUCAAUGAUGUCGUCUUCCGCUUGGCCUUCUUCGAGCGCGAAUAUCAGUUCUUCAGCCAAUCACAGCUUGUUUCCGAAGUCAGUUCCCAUUAUACUGGCCAGGCGUUGAAACAGCUCUAUGUGCUGGCGCUGGGCUUAGAUGUCCUGGGUAAUCCUUAUGGUCUGGUUGUUGGCAUCAAAAAGGGUGUUGAGGAUUUGUUCUACGAACCAUUCCACGGCGCUAUUCAAGGUCCUGGCGAAUUUGCUGAGGGUCUCGUGCUGGGCGUCAAAUCACUCUUUGGCCACACUGUAGGUGGAGCAGCUGGCGCCGUGUCCAAGAUCACUGGUGCCAUGGGAAAGGGACUCGCCGCCCUCACCUUUGACGAUGAAUACCAGCGCAAACGUCGCCAGGGCAUGCACAACAAGCCAAAGAAUUUCCAUGAGGGUCUUGCACGCAGUGGCAAAGGUCUCGUCAUGGGCUUUGUCGAUGGCGUCACCGGAGUUGUGACGAAGCCUGUGAGUGGAGCACGGGAACAGGGUGUUGAGGGCUUCUUCAAGGGUCUGGGCAAGGGCGCCAUUGGCCUCGUAGCACGUCCCACAGCCGGAGUUGUUGAUUUUGCCAGCGGCAGCUUUGAAGCCGUUAAACGCGCCACCGAAAACACCGAUGAGGUCAAAAGGUUGCGACCUCCUCGUUUCCAACAUUAUGACAAUGUCCUGCGUCCUUACUGCCAUAGGGAGGCUUUGGGCAACAUUAUGCUAAAGGAGCUGGACAAAGGUAAAUUUGCGACCACCGACAGUUUUAUACACUGCGAGGAGAUUGUCCAAAAGCAAGAGUAUCUGCUGGUCACCAAUUAUCGACUGAUCUACGCGCAACGCAACGAAAUGUUUGGCGUUUGGGUGUCACUGUGGUCCUACCAAUGGGAGGAGAUUGCUUCCAUUACAGCCAAUAUACGUGGCGUACAGUUUACAGUAAAGCAUCAGGGCAAACGAAUCUUGGGACUGUUCUCAUCAAGUGAAUCGCCCAAUAAGCUGAUCUUGGUGCCGGAUCAACGCAAACGUGACGCACUGCUCAGCAUUAUGGAAUCUCAUCAUAGGGAUAGCAGCUUCAGUCGUUUACCCGGCUCUCGCUAUACAUCCAAAAUAUUUUAAACCCUGCAGAGAAAGAAAGAAAGAGAGAGAGUUGGAGAUCCUUCUCAGCCCACAAACAAGUUUCCACAUUCAGUACAUAGAUAUUUCCUUAUGUAUAUUAACAAAUUAUGUUUUGAUAUUAAAAAAUUUUAUGUCAA